AUGAGCUCCUUUUCGCCGCCGACCCCCAGCCCAAAUGAAGCUGCUCUUUUACAGCGGAUCCAGGAGUUGGAGUCCCAGGUGAAGCAAGGUAAUGAAGCCAACAAACCCACCAAGGCUGAUAGCAAGAAACCACUCACAGGACCCGAUCGACGUGAUUCCGUUGCUGAACACCCUUCUGAUCAUGAUGCACAUCAAGAUGAUUGUGGAUCAGAUGAUGACAGUGAGAGUGAAGAUGAUGAAUUCAUGACAACACCUGGUGGCAAAACUGUUGCAAUUUCUGCAGAUGCCCUCAGGAUGAGGGCUCGCAGAAUGUGCGAAGUGAAACCGUCGGGACGGUCUCACGUAGAUGCCGAGAUUGUCAGUGAGUACAAAUCUGGAGGCUCUAAAAGAGAGGUCUUGGAAAUGGCCUUGCUUGAAUGCCUGGCAAAACACGGCACGAGUCGCAAUGCCUACAAACGUAUCCGAGCGGAGUUCCAAACCAAGUGCCGCUUGAUAAAGGAGCGCAUGGAGAGCAAGGAAAGCGAAGUGAACGGCAAGUGGUUGACUGCUGAGGCCAUGAAGAAGUCAGCACAGUACACCGCGAAGGAGAUCAAAGCAAUAACGAGUUACUGCAGGAAAUUCCCUGAAAGCCUUGUGAGGUGA